AUGGGCGCAGGAGGGCGAGGGAAGCUACUACCUUCAGCUGACGCUGGCGACGAGGGUGACGUGGCAGGCGUUCCUGGCGGAGCGACGGCGGCGGGUUUCUGCCGGCAGCUGCAGGGGGCCGCGCGAGGUCGGCGGGCCGCCGAUCAUUCGGGCACGGCCUCCUACCGGCUCUGGGUGAAUGGUUGCUUAUCUUUCUCCGAUGAAGUAACUGAUGGCUUCUACAACAUUAUGGGAAUGGAUCCAUUUCUUUGGGCGAUGUGCAAUGAGUCAGAAGAAGGAAGAAGGUUGCCCACUUUGGCUGCUCUGAGAGCAGUUGAUUUAAGAGAGUCCUCUAUGGAGGUAGUCCUUGUUGAUAAAGCUGGUGAUCCUGGCAUUAAGAUGCUUGAAGACAAAGCUUUAGAAUAUUUCUAUGCUUCAGGGAUUUCAUUAGAGCUAGUCAAAAAGCUGGCCAGGCUUGUUUCUGAUUCUAUGGGGGGUGCAUUUGAAACAGAACAAGGAGAUCUUUAUAGGCAAUGGAAAUCAUAUAGCAAGCAAUUGAGAAAGCGUCACAAAUCCGUAGUCAUUCCAAUUGGCAUCCUAUCUUUUGGAAUUUGCAGGCAUCGCGCCAUCCUUUUCAAGGGUCUAGCUGAUUCUGUUGGUUUGCCAUGUCGAAUAGCUCAAGGAUGCAAGUACUGCACAUUGCCGCAUCGUUCUUCUUGUCUUGUUAAAAUUGGUGAUCCUAAACAAGAAUCAGCAAGAGAACUUGUUGUAGAUUUACUUGCAUGGACUCAGAUGAUGGUUCAGGGGCAGACUGGUUCCCUUGUUGCCAAAUCUCAAUAUCCAGGAAGCAACAUAAAUUGGGCAAAAGUUAUUGGUCACAAGGAUUUUGAUCAGAGUCAAUUCACAAAGAAUUGGAAUGGUUCAUCUGAAAUACCCAAGCCACCAAAAUGGAAGGAGGCCAGUGAUAAAGGUGCCAAUGAGGGAAGUUCUCCGAAUGUCACAUUACCAAGAUACUUGAGUCUUGAACCCUCUCUUGCCAUGGACUGGCUUGAGAUUUCAUGGGAUGAAUUAGAAAUCAAUGAGCGGAUUGGUGCUGGUUCGUUUGGCACUGUUUACCGUGCGGAAUGGCAUCAUUCUGAUGUUGCUGUGAAAGUUCUUGCUGAUCAAGAUUUUGGUGAAGAUCAGUUGAAGGAGUUUUUGAGGGAGGUUUCAAUAAUGAAGCGCGUUCGCCAUCCAAAUGUUGUUCUAUUUAUGGGAGCAGUUACAAAACGUCCACAUCUUUCAAUAGUUACGGAAUAUCUGCCGAGGGGAAGCCUUUACCGCCUCAUAAAUAGAGCUUCUUCAGGAGAACUAUGGGACAAAAGGAGGAGAUUGAGAAUGGCUUUAGAUGUGGCCAAGGGUAUCAACUAUCUCCAUUGUCUUAAUCCCCCAGUAGUUCAUUGGGAUCUUAAAUCUCCAAAUCUUUUGGUUGACAAGAAUUGGUCAGUAAAGGUUUGUGACUUUGGGUUAUCGAGAUUCAAGGCGAACACUUUCAUAUCCUCAAAGUCUGUUGCAGGAACACCUGAAUGGAUGGCUCCAGAAUUUCUCCGAGGGGAGCCAACAAAUGAGAAGUCUGACGUUUACAGCUUUGGGGUUAUCCUAUGGGAGCUUCUGACAAUGCAACAACCUUGGAGCGGGUUGAGCCCUGCACAGGUGGUGGGAGCAGUUGCAUUUCAGAACAGAAGGCUGUCAAUCCCACAGAAUGUUUCCCCCGAGUUAGUCGCACUUAUGGAAUCUUGCUGGGCCGACGAUCCUAAACAACGACCUUCAUUUUCAAGCAUUGUGGAUUCACUGAAGAAAAUGCUGAAAACACCAAUACCACCAUCAGUUGUGUCUGUGGGGAACUCAUAAAGAUCGAAGACCAGAGUUUAGUUUGUUUAGAGUUUUGUUGAGCGUGUCUUUUUUAUUCCUUCAUUAUUUUCUUCUCCUUCAGCGAGCACCCUUUUCGAGGAAAUAGGUAUAACUAAGCUGGCCUUUUGCUGCUUGGACGCCCGAUCAGUUAAAAUGUAAAUAUUGAGGUGGUAGUGUUUGGUCAUUUCAGGUAGUGAAUUGUAAAUAAUGGUCUUCGCUACACCUGGAAAGUUGUAAAAUGAAGGUAUUAUCCCUGUUUAACUAACAGAUAAAGCUGAAAAAGAGAAGGAUUAGAAGAAAGUCCGAGCUAUUAGAAAAAUAAAUAGAAAAAUAAACAAGAGUUUCUUAGUUACAAUCCUGUGCAUUGUAGUGUGUGUAUGUAUAUCAAGUAGCACAAUGCAGUGUCUUUAUUCUUUACCGCGUAGUCUUGAAUGACAUUCUGAUGCUUAAAUCUUUUACUGGGAAUAAGGCAAAUGAAAAUUCUAGAAUUGAAGGA